GACCAUCCUGACCUGGUGGAGAGCAUGGCAAAGAAAGGUUCUAAUGUGCCAGAGAAACCCAGGACGCCUCAGCAGCUAUGGUACAGUCACGAGAAGAAGGCCUUCCUCAAAACACACGCAGACGCGACCACCAAAGACAUUAAAGACAGUCUUGGGAAGCAGUGGACACAGCUGUCAGACAAAAAGAGACUUAAGUGGAUUGCCAAGUCCCUGGAGAUGCACAAAGCAUAUGAGGAGGUGAUGAAGGGCUUCAUUGAGACUCACCCAGAGCUCAACAUGAGCAACGAGGACAUCGUCAAGUCCACCCUUACCAAGGCUGAGAGACAUCUGAAGGACAAAUCUGAUGGCAGGCCAGACAAACCACCCCCGAAUGGUUACUCCAUGUUCUGUGCUGAGUUGAUGUCCAGUAUGAAGGAUGUGCCCAGUACAGAGCGCAUGGUCAUGUGCAGCCAGCAGUGGAAGCUGCUGAAACAGAACGAGAAGGACGGCUACCAGAAACGCUGCGAGCAGAGAAAGAAAGAAUACGAAGUCGAAAUGAACCGGUUUCUUUGUGUAAGUUUGUUUUUCUACAUGUAUGUGUGUGUCUAUAUAUAGUUGAAUUUGGACGUUUACAUACACUGACACAGAACCUAAACCGGCUGCGCGCGUGUGCCAUUGUGCAUAAAUUAAUUUUGUCCCCCCACACCAAACUUGAUCACGACACGCAGGUUAAAAUAUCAAAACAAACUCUGAACCAAUUUACAUUAAUUUGGGGACAGGUCAAAAAGCAUAAAACAUGUAUGGCAAUUUAGCUAGCUUGCUGUUACUAGCUAAUUUGUCCAGGGAUAUAAACAUUGAGUUAUUUUACCAUAAAUGCACAAGGUCCGCCACUCCGAUAAUUAAUCCACACAUAAAACGGUCAACCGAAUCGUUUCUAGUCAUCUCUCCUCCUUCCAGGCUUUUUCAUCUUUGAACUUAUAUGGUGAUUGGCAUCUAUUAUCGUAUUACCACGGCGACGGCAACGCAGUUCGUCUUUCAAUCACCCACGUGGGUAUAACCAAUGAGGAGAUGGCAUGUGGGUACCUGCUUCUAUAAGCUAGCAGCAUUCCACCCUGCAUCCCACUGAUGGCUUGCUUCUGAAGCUAAGCAGGGUUGGUCCCUGGAUGGGAGACCAGAUGCUGCUGGAAGUGGUGUUGGAGUGCCAGUAGGGGGCACUCUUUCCUCUGGUCUAAAAAAUAUUCCAAUGCCCCAGGGCAGUGAUUGGGAACACUGCUCUGUGUAGGGUGCUGUCUUUCGGAUGGGACGUUAAAUGGGUGUCCUGACUCUCUGAGAUCAUUAAAGGUCCCAUGGCACUUAUCCAAAGAGUAGGGGUGUUAACCCCGGUGUCCUGGCUAAAUUCCCAUGCUGUCCCUCAUACCAUCAUGGUUACCUAAUCAUCCCCAGCUUACAAUUGGCUCGUUCAUCCCCCUCCUCUCCCCUGUAACUAUUACCCAGGUCGUUGCUGUAAAUGAGAAUGUGUUCUCAGUCAACUUACCUGGUACAAUAUAUACAGUGGGGAGAACAAGUAUUUGACACACAGCCGAUUGUACAGGUUUUCCUACUUACAAAGCAUGUAGAGGUCUGUAAUUUUUUUUAUCAUAGGUACACUUGAACUGUGAGAGACGGAAUCUAAAACAAAAAUCCAGAAAAUCACAUUGAAUGAUUUUGAAAUAAUUAAUUUGCAUUUUAUUGCAUGACAUAAGUAUUUGAUCACCUACCAACCAGUAAGAAUUCUGGCUCUCACAGACCUGUUUGUUUUUCUUUAAGAAUCCCUCCUGUUCUCCACUCAUUACCUGUAUUAACUGCACCUGUUUGAACUUGUUACCUGUAUAAAAGACACCUGUCCACACACUCAAUCAAACACUCCAACCUCUCCACAAUGGCCAAGACUAGAGAGCUGUGUAAGGACAUCAGGGAUAAAAUUGUAGACUUGCACAAGGCUGGGAUGGGCUACAGGACAAUAGGCAAGCAGCUUGGUGAGAAGGCAACAACUGUUGGCGCAAUUAUUAGAAAAUGGAAGAAGUUCAAGAUGACGGUCAAUCACCCUCGGUCUGGGGCUCCAUGCAAGAUCUCACCUUGUGGGGCAUCAAUGAAGGUGAGGGAUCAGCCCAGAACUACAUGGCAGGACCUGGUCAAUGACCUGAAGAGAGCUGGGACCACAGUCUCAAAGAAAACAAUUAGUAACACACUACGCCAUCAUGGAUAAAAGUCCUGCAGCGCACGCAAGGUCCCCCUGCUCAAGCCAGCGCAUGUCCAGGCCCAUCUGAAGUUUGCCAAUGACCAUCUGGAUGAUCCAGAGGAGGAAUGGGAGAAGGUCAUGUGGUCUGAUGAGACAAAAAUAGAGCUUUUUGGUCUAAACUCUGCUCGCUGUGUUUGGAGGAAAAAGGAUGAGUAGAACCCCAAGAACACCAUCCCAACCGUGAAGCAUGGAGGUGGAAACCUCAUUCUUUGGGGAUGCUUUUCUGCAAAGGGGACAGGACGACUGCACCGUAUUGAGGGGAGGAUGGAUGGGGCCCUGUAUCACAGGAUCUUGGCCAACAACCUCCUUCCUUCAGUAAGAGCAUUGAAGAUGGGUCGUGGGUGGGGCUUCCAGCAUGACAUGACCCGAAACACACAGCCAGGGCAACUAAGGAGUGACUCCAUAAGAAGCAUCUCAAGGUCCUGGAGUGGCCUAGCCUGUCUCCAGACCUGAACCCAAUAGAAAAUCUUUGGAGGGAGCUGAAAGUCCGUAUUGCCCAGCGGCAGCCCCAAAACCUGAAGGAUCUGGAGAAGGUCUGUAUGGAGGAGUGGGCCAAAAUCCCUGCUGCAGUGUGUGCAAACCUGGUCAAGAACUACAGGAAACGUAUGAUCUCUGUAAUUGCAAACAAAGGUUUCUGUAACAAAUAUUAAGUUCUGCUUUUCUGAUGUAUCAAAUACUUAUGUCAUGCAAUAAAAUGC